AUGAGUCGAGUACUAAAUACUUCGAGCAAACAGAAGGCUCUUGUACAACUCAUAAGUUCGGAUCCGUCAUUAUUGAGUGGACUUGACGAUGAGCUUCUUGCAUCGAUCACAUUGUCAUCAAAUCCUCCCACGCAAUGGCUGGAACAACAGUCAACUCUAAUGACUCGAAAAUGCAAUCAAAGCAUUGGUGUACCGACAGUGAGGGAGACUAUUCAAUUGUACCCAGAAGAUGCACCUUUUGUUGAAAAGAAAAAACCAUCGAAUCUACCACGUUCGUUAAGAGCUGCCAACAAACUAUCAGCGCCUCGAGCAACUACAGUCUUGCUGUCUCCUUCAAGUACUGCAAUUGCUCUUGCAGCUACAUAUCGAAGUAAACAAAAUCUUGGGUCGAGUACGCACAAAAUUUCCUCGAACAAUUGCAGUACGACGAAAGAUGCAAAUUAUCCUGCGAUACAGCGUGAACAACCUGCUUCGGUGAUUCUAUUUGAUGCAAGCAUGCUCAAUGCAGCUGAUGGAAACACGAAUGCAGUCAAGUCUCCUCAUGAGAGGAAGAAAAAGUCGAAAAGGAUGCGACGACUGGGUAAGACAAGAAGCAGUAGUGAAAAUGACAGCAGUACUGAUAGCGAAAAUGACUUGAAGUACAAGAAAGCUGACAAGACCGUAUGGGGAACUUCGUCACUGAUUCGUUGCAGUGGAAGUUUCGAAUCCGAAAGUGAUGAAGGCAUUCAAGCAGUUGGCACUAUAACAUCGUCGGCUACUUGUGACGGUGGUGUUGCGUCGCGUUUACUGUUGGAUCACCACUUUGUCCCGCGAGACAGACGAAUUUUAGUGAGCGCUCAAAAGGCAUGUUAUGUCUGCAUGCGAGAGUUUAGUGUUUUGCGGAAGCGUCAUUCAUGUCGAAUGUGCGGACAAGUCAUUUGCAGGCGGUGCUCUGUUGUUCGGCAAGUGAGAACACCACUGAUGGAGGACAAGCUUCGUCUAUGCACAUGCUGUUUUGUAGCGUGUAGAAGGCAGCAGGAGGGUGAAAUCAGCCAGUCACAUUGCAAUAAUGAAGCGAGUACGUCAGAAUCUGCAAAUGACGGAAAUUUUGGCUAUCUAGAGCGAUCUAUCAUCACUUCAAAGCUGGAUUUGCCUGUAUCAUCUGCCUCCGGCUCAGGGUUCUUUCAAGCCCCAUCACCAUCUGACAAUACGUCAAAUCGCUCAUCGUCGACUCUUAACAACAUGUCGGACUUUUCGUUUAGCAGUGAUACAAUUUCUGAUGCCCGAAUUAUUGAGGAAGAACUUGAAGCAAUUUUGAAAGCUAAAGCGCUUGAAAAGGAAGUCGAGGCUAGUCAAGAGCGCAUUUUAGCAUUAGAAGCGCAAAUAGCGACGCAGGAAAGCCAGCAAGAUCUUCUUUCAAUCGAGCAACAAGCUGAGCUGCAUGAUGCUCGAGCAACAAUCAAAUCAUUACACGAAAAGCUUUGCACGCAGGAAGCUAAUGCACGACAAGCUGCGUUUGAUCGCGACUCUAUUUGUUUGAACAAGUUGCGGCAAACCGAAGUGUAUGCGAAUGAAGAUGAUGAAAGUGAUGCUUUAAAGAAGAAACUAAGAGUGCUGGAGCGUCAGUUGCAGCAAGCUGGUAUCUCUGUGGCAGAAGUCAUUCCAUACGAUGUGGCAAAGAAGAAAGUAGCCGAGAUAUCAAAGCGACUGCAAGAGAUUGGCUCGUCUGAGGUGGUACUCGAGGAUAAGCAUGCCCAAGCUGCUGCACGAAAGGAAUACUACGUUUUAGAACAGGAAAUGGAGAAAUACCACAUGGCACUUGUCAUGUCAGACGAGUAUAUUGAGGAGCAACAACGCCAGGAGCAAGAAUGGGAAGAUGCAAAUUAUACCGAGAACAUUAAAGCGUUACACUUACUGCGAUCUGCAAUUCCGGUAAAUAUCGCACGGCUGUCCGAGCGCGAAUUGAUUAAGAUCGUGACUCCGACGGGAUCUAAAUUUCCUCCAGAGCUGGCAAGGCGGUUAAAACGAACGAAUGUGCUUCAGUUGUUGCGAACUUCCCCAACGACUAUUGCCAAGAUGCAUCCAAGUGUGAUCGAAGGGUACCGUACCACAGGUUUAUCGCUUCUGGAGCGCCGUGCACUUCACGCUGUGAUGAUAGAACCUUCGAGGGGGUGGAAGAAGCAGCAAAGGGAUGAUUUAGCACAGAGGAAAUAUGCUUGGUUAUGCAAGCUGAAAGAAUCCUUCAUGACGGCUGCGAAGUACCUCACGAAUCACCUUCACGACGAUGUAGGCAGUAAUCAUACAAUCAUUCGUUCCGAGCAUCAUUGUGACCUAGCGAGCUCGAUUUGUCCUGUUCGCACGGAAGAAAGGAUGCAGAAGCUGUAUUCCGGACUGGGUUUUACUACGAACGCUGAGUAUAUGACGGAAGACAUUGUGAAAAGCGAUCCAGAAGGUGCUGGAGAAAAAGCUUUGCUAGAAGCACAAGAUUACGUUCAAAAUAUAGCUCCAAUUCAGCGUCAAAAGAUCCUUAAAGUGCACUAUAAGACGAAUAUGCGCGAGUUUGCACAAGCGUUAAGUGCCCUGGAAGAGAUGGACUCAUUACUGGCACAACUUCGAUCUCUUGAUGACUCGUUUCCACUUGAGACUAGCGGUCGUCAGCAGCUCAAUCAAUGUGUCUUGCUGCUUAACACUGCGCGUGAGUUGAUGCAACUACAUGCAAAACGGGCAGGAAUAUGCGUGACAGGAAAGCGGGACUUCGCUAAAGACAAAGAAGAUAUUCGAUCACCUGCCGAAAUUCGCGAAGCAUGUCGCGCUGUCAUUUUUUUACAAGAGAUACUUGGUGAUGUUGAGGCUUUGCUCUCUCAAAAAGACGUCCGUGGUGAACACGAGACGCUGAUUGCAGCCGCAACUCUAAAAAGCUUACGUGAGUUGAUUAACGAUGUUCGCCAGAAAAACUUAACUACGCUGAAUGACGCUGACAAAAUAAAUGCAGCGAGUGAAAGGAGCAGAGUGCCCUGGGUGAAAAGGAGGAAAGUGAACACUCCAACCAACCAGUGCACUUUGUCGAACGAUCAGACUUCAAAUAAUUCAUUUACCGCUGCUAUCCCCACCAGUGCGUCUGUGUUCAAUGCUAUUAAGGCCCGACGGAAGCAGAGAGAGAGCAUUAUUUGUUCACAUAGUAAUCAGAAUCAAUUGUCGACCGAGACAUCGCGAGUCAACAAAUCACUUGAUCUAAUGGCAGCAAUUCGAGCUCAAAAGCGUGCAAUGUCUACCGAACCAAUUGAGGAGUAA